AUUCUUGCCGACGAAAAAGAAUAUACUCAAAAGAAAAGGGCAUAAUUGACAUUUUCUCAAUCUCCUCCAUAAUUGAGGGGAACGGGAAGAGUCAAGCUAAGAGGUGGUACAGAGUCGGAGGCAUCAGAGAAAGAGAGAGAGAAAGAGAGAAAGAUCUCAAUGGCGGCGAUAACAAGUGCGGUGAUAGCAAUAGCCGGAAUUAUAUUGGGAUGGAUAACGAUAGAGUUAGCUUGUAAGCCUUGCCUGGAGACAGGUCGUGAAGCCAUCGACAGAUCUCUCAAUCCUGAUUACGAUCCCGACGACCAAGACGUCGACACAUCUUCCGAUCUUCAUGCUCCUCUCAUCCCAAAUCUUCCUCCCGAUAACUCCGAUCCUGAUCCCUCCACCGCGAUCAAAUCAGUCUGAUCGAUCUUGAGUUUUGUUUGUAUUUACCUCAUUUGCCAUCCUUGUGUAAACCUCGCUCGUUUUCUAAAAAGAUUGCAAUUUCAGUUGAUUCCUGCUCAUUUAAUUGAAUGCUUGUGUCUUCUUUUUCUUAUUGCAAAGUUAUAAUUGAGAAACAAGUCGAGUUCUAUCCA